GACGACAUCAACAUGAGCCGCAACCAAAACAACAACAGUGGUCAGCUGUUGACGAAGCUAACUAGCUGCAGUGGUAGUCAUUAUAAAUAUAAGAGUUGUUUCAGUUGUAGCUCUGACGUCAUUAGUGUUUACAGAUAUUUUAUUACUCUGAAAGUUCCCUUAUGUUCGUUUCAGUUCACUUCGAAGGAUUUGGUCUGUUAGCACAUUAUCAUUAAAACCAAAGACGCAGUUGGAGCUGGAGCUGUUUGGCUGGCCAGAAAUGUUUAUGGCAAAGCCAGACCACAAGACCAGCCGGUGGAGAUUCUGACAUCCUCAGGCGAAGUGUGAUUGGUCAUCAUGUCUCCACGGAAACGACCUCUGGUCCCCGUGAGCAGCCGGCGGAAAGCUGCGGACGAAUGCUUCCCCUUCAACCUCCUGCCGGUGGAGUGCCAGCUGCACAUCCUGUCCUUCCUGAGCGAUGUGGACAAAUGCAGCUGCGCUCUGGUCUGCCUCAGCUGGAGCCGCCUGGUCCGCUCCUGGAAGCUGUGGAGAGUGGCCGACUUUUCCCGCCGCGGCGUCUUCCACCUGGGUCAGGAGGGGCUGCUGGUUUCCAACCGUGAGUUUGAGAGGUGGAAGUCGUGGGUACACCAUUACACCCACCACCUGAUCUCCCGGCGGGCGAGUCUGCUCACUCUGAAAGCCAGCUUCGACCUCGGGGAUCGCUACCACAAGUGGAGCGAUCUGCUGAGCCACCUGCUGGACAACGUGCACUGCAGAAACCUCAGUCACCUGGACCUGAACUGGACCUUCACUCUGCUGGAGCCACUGGACCUCAGGGUCCACUCCAAGUCCAGUUCACACCAGGAGAACAUCACCAAGAAGGAUCAGGUCGCCAGCUUCCAGGAACUUCUGCGCAAGCUCACCCAAAGUUGUCCCAGAAUUUCCAAGAUGCGUCUCCAUUUUGACUGGUCGGAAGUGUCGGUCAGCAUGCUCAUGCAGUUCCGUCAGCUUCGCGUCCUGGAGCUCAAAUACUUCUGGGUCCUUAAAGGAGUGACUCCCUCCACGCUGCAGGCGCUGACCAAAUCCCUGCCUAACCUGAAGUCUCUGACGUUACACAUCCUGGUGCCGCUGAGGAACCCCGGCAUCUCCUACACCCUGGAGUCUCAGUCUCUGGAGUUCCUGGAUGUCUCACCCAGCCGGGGCUUGGUCUUCUCCUGCUUGAACCUGCCAGCUUUGCGGGAGUUCCGGGCUAAGAAGAUCGUGCGUGGCAUCACUCUGGACAAGAGGACCAGGUUGCAGAUCCAGAGCCGCUGGCCCUGCCUGUACCAGGUCCUCCGGGAGGGGACGCCAAAGCUUCAGGCCCUCAACAACGAGAGGCUUCUGCCUACAUGGAGAGAGCAGAGCUACAGGGAGCUGAAAGCCCUCCUGGAGCAGUCCUGCUACUGUGUUCAGCACUUGGACAGCUGGAUUUGGUGACCCUCCCUCCAGUUAUCUUUGGGUAGAACCCAGGAAAAAGGUUUUGACGUCACAAAUAAACAGAGACGCUCUCUAACUUUCCAGUGCUUCAGAGGAAAUCUGCUGCCACAGGGAUUCAUUCAUGUUACGGGGCACAGCUUCAGUGGAUGAAUGCUGCAGGAACAGCAUCAUUUAUGUCUGAACAUAAACAUGACUUUCCGUCUUCAACAAAACGCUCCAAGAUAAAAAUGUCCCAAAAGUUUAGGUACCCAAAAAAAAAAUCCUGAUACAUGCAAAAGCUCAGAAGUCAGUUUUAUCAAAGGGUUGAAAAAAGUGUUCUUAAAUGAUUGUUUAAAUCAAAAAUGAUUUAAUUUUGUCAAAUAAUGAGGCAAUUGAAAUUUUUAUAUUUUUAAUUUAUUGCGUCUUAAUUCUUAGAACUUUAAAAUGCUUUUUUUUAUUUUCCUAAUGUGUCGGCUAUUGAAAUGAAAUGUUUUGUUUCUCCCUUUCUUGUUGGUUUUAGAAGAACGUGAUCUUCACUGUGGAAAAUAGCACGUACUGUAAAGGAAAGCAUCAUCAUCCGUUUGAUUUGUUCUGUGGGAAUCAAGGAAUCUGUAAAAACGUUCACUGCAUACUUUGAUGGAUUAAUCACACAACAAGUGUUGCAUUUAGAAAACACUCUUGUAAACUUCAGAGACCUGAACAUGGAAUUAAAAAAUAAGGAUCCCUCAAAUUAAUAACUUCUGGCCCUGAAUGAGGAUUUUGUGGACACAAAUUAGUAUUUUGUGGACUCAAAUGAGCAUUUAAGUAGGAAACGAAAAUAGCAAAUUACUAUUUUGUGCACAAAAAUGCUAAUAAGUGUUAAUAUGUGCCCACAAAUGCUUAAUUUGAAGGGAACAAUUUAUUACUUUUUAAAGUCAUGUCCAGGGCUCCGAAGUGAACAGUUCAAUGCCAGUUUGUCCGUGGCAGAAAAAGACAUAAUCCAGGAGCAAAAAGAGGAAAAGUGAAGGGUUUUGUUUUUUCUUUCUGUCUUAAAUGCAGAAAAUCAUUGAGGUCCACACGGUCGGUGCUAAACUGCUGUCAUUCCAGCCUCCCAGCGAUGCAAAAUGUCAAGGAGCUCCACAGCUUCAUCUGUUUUGCUGAAUGGUGGGGGCUUUUAUUUCUUAGGCUGAUUGUCCCGAAGCAGUAAACUCGUGAGGGUUUGCAUUACUUCACCUGCCUGUCAUACACAAACGUUCCUUUGUUUGCAAACUUUUUGCACAUUUUCUUAGCUCUAACUAAAAGUUGUUUGUUGCUGAAAUGAUCCCUGCAGUUACUUCAGCUUUGUUUGACCCCAGGUUCUUCAGUGCAGUUGCCCUCCCACUCAGUAGGGGGGGUUCUUCUCAAACAUUUGUCGCCAUUUAGGUCUGGUUGGGUUUAAACUGCACUGAAUGUCCAAAACUCUGACUGAGGUGGGGUUUGUGGGGUUAAUAACUGUGCGACUUCUCGUGCGUGCUCUUCAGGUGAAACCUCCAGCGUGUGACACAGAUGCUCCACAGAAUAAAAGGCUCGGGCUUCUCUGUUUCA